AUGGGUGGGGAGUCGAUAAAUGUAGAUGAUGUGGAAAAAGCUGCAAAAAGUGUAAAACUGGAUGUUAUCUAUGAUGAUUUCUUUUCAAAUAAUGGAAAUUCUAAAUUCGGCACAGAGUGUAACGUAUUCGAUAGUAGAGACAAAAAAAAUGAAGAUGCAAAAAAUAUUUGCCCUAAGCUCGUGUAUUUAUUAGAAAAAAUAGCAGAAAAUAAUAAUAAUACUGAACGUAGUGAUCACUGCGAUUAUUUAACGUAUUGGUUUUAUGAAGAAAUAGAGAAAAUACAUAAGGAUCACUCGAAUUAUAUAAGAGAUGUAUCUUUUGUUAAAGAUCUUAUGGAUAUAGAAAAAAAGGUUAAUAAAAAUUACACUGGAAAAUACUAUUGCUCAUUAAAACCCCAAGAAAGAAUUAAUUUGAAUGAGUGGAAAAAAAGAAAGCUUUUGUACAUUUAUUUUAAAAAACAUAAUCAUAUUAAAGAAACUAUUUCGAAAGAUCAAAAUAAAUGCAACGAUUAUUUAAUAUAUCUUAAACAUAUUAAUUCAUUAUAUGAAAAGUACUAUAAGGAAAAGUGUCCGACAUUCUUCACUUUGUUUCUCCCUAAUUACAUUAGUUGCGAUACCGAAUUUAAGCCAAAUAAACUUAUAAAUACAAUAGGAAAAUGUGAAGUUCAAGUACCUAGGAGUAAUUCAGGUUUGUUACGGGGAUUUUUUGAUAUACUUAGUCCACCUAGAUCAUCGGGAAGUAAAAAAGAAGAACCAAAGCAAAGUACCACGGUUGCUGAAACCGCAAAAACUAAACCAGAAGCACCGAAUAAGGUUGAUGGUGUUAAGCCUCCAGGAAAGUUCACAGAAUCAACAGAUGGAACGAAUGAUAACGGCGUAAAAUUGGAAACUCUGAAAGAUCAAUCACAACCUGGUAAAAAUGAAAAAUCGCUAACUGCUGAUGUUCAAUCAUCACCUGUGGAAGCUCAAUCAUCGCCUGUGGAAGUCCAAUCACUACUCGUAGCGGUACCUGAAGAACCUGUAGAUGUGAGACAGUAUAUUCCAAUAUUAUAUAUCCGCAACGAAGAAACAUAUGCUACAGAUGCUAUACAUUCUGAAGUCAAUAUCAAUACUUUUGAUUUCUCUAAAAAACUAUAUGAAUCAAUGAAAUUUCUAGAUUUUCAGAAAUCAUUUGCAGCUGCUACAAUAAUUGCAGC